AUGGCUCAAACUAUGAUUAAUCAGAGAAAUCCUUCUCUUCGUGAUUACUCUCCAAAUUCAUCAACAUAUAACUCGGAGAAAGCAACAAUGACCGAUACAGGGGACCAUUCACAGUUAGCGGAGAUUAAUGAAACAGGGCAUGUCCAAGAAGUGGAACGUAAUUUCUCUUUGCUUUCUAUAUGCUCAGUCGGUCUGGUCACCGGUAAUACUUGGGCUGCAUUGGGUGGUAGCAUUGCUACAGCAAUUUAUAAUGGAGGUCCACCGGGUGUCUUGUAUGAGUUCAUCGCGGUUUCGAUGUUUUAUUGGCUUAUCGCAGCUUCUUUGGCUGAAUUGGCUUCAUCAAUGCCUAGUAGUGCUGGGGUAUAUCACUGGGCAUCAAUCACUCCAGGUCCCAAAUAUGGUAGAAUCUGUGGUUGGUUCGCGGGUUGGUGGAAUACAUUUGCUUGGAUCUGUGGUACAGUAGCAACCAUGUCAUCUAUUGCCUCGAACAUUGCUGUUGCGAUGUAUGGUCUCUAUCAUCCUGGCUAUGUACCGGCAAGGUGGCACAUUUUUAUCGGUUACGUUAUCGUAACUUGGAUCUCCUGCUCUAUAGUCUUAUUUGCAAAUCGAGCUCUUCCACUGAUCAACAACAUUGGUCUUGCUUUUAUUCUUGGUGGUGUUUUUAUCACGGUUGUGGUUUGUGCGGUUAUGCCAUCUGGAACAGGACAUGCCACUCAUUCUUUCAUCUGGACCGACUGGGUCAAUGAUACUGGCUACUCCAAUAAUGGAUUCGUUUUUCUCGCAGGCAUGCUAAAUGGUGCUUAUGCUAUUGGUACUCCUGACUGUGUCUCCCAUUUGGCAGAGGAAAUUCCAAAUCCCAAGCGCAACGUACCUCUUGCAAUCGCUGCUCAAAUGACUAUUGGUUUCGUCACCGCCUUUAUAUAUACGAUAGCCAUCUGUACUACGGCUGGAACGACUGGUUUACUCUUCGUGAUUUUCUUUCCAAUUUUCUGCACUCUUAUCGGAACAUAUAUCACUGCUGGAAGAUGCCUUUGGACUCUAGCCCGUGAUGGCGCAGUCCCAUAUUCUAGCUGGCUACACGCAAUAGAUUCACAUGAAGAUCCACGGGACAAAAGUCCUUUCAACGCAACCAUCGCUUGUGGUAUCUGGAGUACUGUACUUGGUGCUAUAUAUGUUGGUUCAUCAACAGCUUUCAACGCAUUCAUUGGAUCCUUCGUCGUUCUUCUCACCCUCUCAUACCUGGCCGCGAUCCUCCCAUUUAUCUUCACAGGCCGUUUCACUCAAUCUAAUCAAGCAUCAGGCGCUUAUAACAAUAGAAUGGUUCCGGGUUGGUUCGUAAUGAACAACUUUGUGGGUUACAUUGUCAAUGUUAUCAGCUGUCUCUACAUCGUCGUGUUUGUGGUUAUAUAUUGCUUCCCUUAUGCGGUACCAUUUAAUGCUGCAAGCAUGAAUUAUUCCUGUCUUAUUGCAGGGGCCCUAUCCCUCACAGCGGGUGUUUGGUGGUUAGUCAAAGGCGGCAGUUAUAAAGGGCCUCAAGCUGGCGUUCAUGGUCAGCUGGAAACUGACAAUGGUCGAAAUAUGUUGAGUGUUAUUUCCAUCGGGCGUGUUGAUGGUCUUCGAAACCCGCUAGAGACUGAGCCUAAACAAUGA